AACUUUUCCUGUUUCUCCCUCUCGCUGUAUCAGUCUCCACUGCGCAUGCUCGGCGUCUGAACCGGGCUUUCCAGGAGCAGCUGCUGGAGAUCCGCCGCUCAGCGACUCAUGGAUUCCCAGUGAGGAGAGCGACGCUCCGGCCGGCGGGGAGGAACACGAGAGUGAUGGCGCUGUCCUCCGAGGUGUCCGCUACAGGACCAGAAUCUUCUGGUAGUGAGGGCUCCAGCUGUCUUCAGUUUGGCGUUCGUUCUUAUCUGCAUCACUUCUACGAGGAAUGCUCCUCCUCCAUGUGGGACAGAGAUGGGGUGGAGCCAGGGUGGAGCCAGAGGUCGGGCGUCUGCUGGAACUCGGCUGUCUGGAAGGUCUCCCUCGCUCUGGGUCUCCUGAUUCUGACUGCUGGCGUUGUCUCUCUAGGAGUCAGUUACUCCACCACCCACAAAAUUGAGUCAUUCGGAGAAGGCGAUUUGUUCUUCGUGGACACCCAGGCCAUCAGUUUUAACAGGGGACUUCAUCUGAGCACUGCAACAGGGAUUGGCCUGUCGUGCCUUGGCUCUGCCCUGGCAGUAGCUGCAGUCAUCGUGUGGGUUGUCCUCAGGGCCAACUUGAAAGAGAGGCUGUUCCGUGGAUCAAGUGAGGGGGACCGGAGACGGGAGCCUGGGUCAACGAGGAUGGGAAGCAGAGAUGUGGUCACUGAGCCACCAGAAGCUCAGAGGGGACGUGUACCCUUCACUCUGUCAAAAAUGAAAAUGGUGCAGCGUCCUUCCUAAAACAUAAUCCUGCUGCUUGUACAGGUUUUUGAUCCAAUCCUGCAGCUUUGUUCAUCUCCCUUUUGAUUCUUCAUCCUGCCAUUUUGAAAUGCAUGCAAAUACCAGCAAGACGUCAUAAAAGUUUCACCUUAACUGAA